AUGCUGAUGCUUGUGAUGCUGCUAAGUCCGCUGGAAAGCCCCGAUAAGCGGUGGAAACUGGCACCCCCCACAUCGUCUCCGAAAGUUGCCAGCGGCCUUCUAGCGCUCCCCCAGGAAGUGUUGGUGGCAAUAGCAGGCUUGUUAAACCAGUACGAUGCCCUCCUGCUUGGUCGGACGUGUCGCCGGCUUCUGAAAGUGGCUAAACUUCGCAUUUGCCAUGACGUGGUGGUGGACCCGGAAUACCUGAUGUUUGAUAAUGCUGACGAGCUAGGGAUCCACCAUACGUUUAUUAAUAGUGGUUAUUCGCUUGAGAAGUUCUUCCACAGCGAUUCGGCUCGGUUAGUACGCCAUUUGAAAGUGACUUUACCCCCUGACUUUAACGUAUGGGCGAACCACGACGAUAUGGUCAACUUUUUCAGCAUUACCAAGCUCUCUUCGAUCGAGUGGCUAGGUGAAGGGUGGCUGAGCCAUUUUUCCAGGGGGUUAUCGGAUACCGCUCAACUAAAGGUGCUGUGUAAGGAGCUCUUUCCACCACCAAUGAUACCCACAACGCUCAAAUGGCAAUCGUUUCAGCUGACAUCGAAUCUCCGCAAACACUUGGCCCAUAUAAAUUUAGCCUAUUGUCGUGAUCUCUGGUUGUGUCGCCAAAAUACAUUGGAUUGCGGUACACUAUUUCCUAAUGUCGAUGACCUUAUGGUGACGCUGACAGCACACCAUAUCGUGUCUAAAUGGUACGAUAUCCAGCUCGAUACCAUUGCCAGUCUCCCUCCUUUACCUCGGCUUACCAGUUUAUCGCUAGAGGACGUGGUGGUGGUGGCGAGUGAUGCUCACUUACUAGCAUCUACAUUACCUCAUUUGACCCGAUUACGGCUACUAGCGGUACUGGAGUGUCGUCUUCGAGAAGGGGAGGCUGGUAACGUGCUGUUCCUUACCUUAAUUGCCCCCUAUCUCGGUAACUUAAAGCAAUUAGCCCUUGACUACCGCCAGCCAGUUAUUGACUCCGUACCGGAAUUUCUUCGCCAAAUGACCCAAUUACAAGCGUUGGACCUCACCAUCCGCACCAAUAACACCAAAACAACUCAGUUUGACCACUACGCGCUACCAUGUACCCUUACCAAAUUGGCAAUCGAGGUCAAACAAGAAGUGAGUGCCCCCGACGCCACCAGCGUCCAGGUGACGGUGGCCAUGCCCUCACCGUUGAUCAAAAUGAUCGAGAAAUUGACCCAGCUUGAAUCGUUACGGGGCAAUUUUACGCCCAAUUUGGCGAAAUUCACUAAGCUACAGGUGUUGGAUGUAUUUGGCACUCCCACUCCUGGGCUCGCCAUGUUUGAUGCCUUGCUCCAGCUCCACCACCGAGUGCUGGGGUACUUUAGCGACCAGCCCAGCUUAGUGUACGUGCGGGUGAACACGGAGGUAUUCUUCCGCAGCCGGCCACGCCACGGGCUUAAUCGCUGGCUAGACUCGCAAGUUAGAGUAUAG